CUUCUCCACGGCUGCACCUCCAUCCUCUCCUUCCCCUGCCGCCUCGAUCCCCCUGUCCCGCACUCCCUCUCGCCGGCCGCCGGCGGCUCUGGCCGGCGGGGCGAAGCCACCGGAAUCAUGGCCAAGUCUGGUGCCCGUAAGGAGGCGGCACCAGCCCGGUCAUCGGCGACCUCGCCGCCGCCGCAGCGCGUCCCCGGCGCCCCGGCAGGCUCGUGCGCCAGCCGCUCGCCAUAGCCGCUCUUCUACGCCGGCGCUCCGACUAGCUCGUCCACCAGUCCGUCGACACCGCCGCACCUGUACCCCCCUCUCAUGGAAUCCUCUACUGCAAACCCUACAUGGAGGCCAAUGUACACCCCUGCACCUGAAGGCUUGCUAAGUUUUGGACAAUUCCCUCCAAUGCAUCCGUAUAAUUUUCGACCUCCGUCAAUGCACCACCCGGAACAAGGACACCAAAAUAUGGAGAAUUUGCAUUUUGUCGGGGCUUCGCCACACGAUUCCUUUUCAACACCACCGCCACCACCGCGGUCUACUUCUUCCAAAAGGAAAAAGCGGAAGGUCGCCAAUGUAGAUGAUGAUGAAUUGGGAGAAAGGACCGCAUAUCAUCUGCCCUAUUUACCCGAGGAACAUGGAAGACUGGCAGGUGCAUGGCUGGAGUGUUCACUCGAUCCCAUCGAUGGGAACAGAAAGAAGAAUGAGCGGUUCUGGGAUGAUAUUGCUGCUCUAUACAACAGUGCCACACAAAGUAACCGAAAGAGAGAUCGGGAUCAGUUGAAGAUGGAGUGGCAAAGGACCAAGAAAAGGCUCGCCGCUUUCCAUGGUGAGUGGAUUGACGUAAUUGGAGUGUAUCGUAGUGGUUGCAGCCAACAUGACCUGGAAAAAAUGGCCUUGGAGAAGUAUGAACAAAACUAUCACCAACCUUUCCAACAUUUAACUAUGUGGGCAAAACUCUAGGAUGAUGGUAAAUGGCUAGCCUCUUACAGAAAUAUGACGGAAAAAGUAGGGAACAAAACAUCUGUGGAGACCAAUCUCACACCAAAUAUGAUUAACUUGGAGGCCGAGGAGCGCCCAUCAGCUGGCCGUGAUAAGGCUAAGGUUGAACGUGCUGGUAAAGGCAAGUCAGGAGGGCUCUCACAAGAGCUUGGAGAAAGAUUGGACAAAUUCAUCGAGGUUAACAAUCAAUCGAUGGAGGACCGCCAAAAGGUGAUAGACAGCCAGGUGAUUCUAUCAAAUCAACAGCUUGAGACCGCGAAGAUCAACAACAAAACAAAACUGUUUGAUGUUUACUCCAAAAUGCUUUUAGCGGACACAUCUAAGAUGGAUGAUGCUGAAAAGGCUCGACUUGCUAAUGCUUUGAGUAAAAUGGAGCCCAUGGUAUUUCCUGAAGGAGAUUCAGGAUAGAUUGUUCAGCUACAUUCAGUCAGUUAAUGGUGUGAACUUGAUGGAUUGUCCUGCAUUUUGUCUCGGUCAGUUUAUUGUCUGAACCUGAUGGAUUAUUGUGUGAACUUGAUGGGUUGUUAUUGUGUGAACAUGGUGGAUUUUUAA